UAAAUAUCCAUGCAGGAAAUUAGAUAGAUUCUUUCGGGCCAUCUUUAAAAUGCCAUUGAUGAAUCAUACUUUCUCCUAAAUUCCUGUACUUUCUUGGGCCAUCCGAGCAUGAAGUCCUGUCACCUACCCACAUCCGCUAGCUGGAACACUUGUCAAAGUGUGACCUGUCCGCUGCAUGCCUAGACCACCAAAGUGUUCCGUCUGGACGGUGUCACCGGAGAAGACUGUGCGACAUGUCCAAGGCACAGAUCGGGGCUCUUGUGUUUGGUGUCGGAGGGUUUGGAGCUCUCGUUGCUGCCACUGUGUCCAAUGAGUGGAAAGUCACCACCCGGGCAUCCUCAGUGAUCACUGCCACUUGGGUUUACCAGGGUCUGUGGAUGAACUGCGCAGGGAACGCGUUGGGUUCUUUCCAUUGCCGGCCACACUUUACUAUCUUCAGAGUAGAAGGUUAUAUCCAGGCAUGUAGAGGACUUAUGAUUGCUGCUGUCAGCCUGGGCUUUUUUGGUUCCAUAUUUGCACUCUUUGGAAUGAAGUGUACCAAGGUCGGAGGCUCAGAUAAAGCCAAAGCUAAAAUUGCUUGUUUGGCUGGGAUUGUAUUCAUACUGUCAGGGUUGUGCUCAAUGACCGGUUGUUCUCUGUAUGCAAACAAAAUCACAACAGAAUUCUUUGAUCCUCUGUAUGUUGAGCAAAAGUAUGAAUUAGGAGCUGCUCUGUUUAUUGGAUGGGCAGGAGCCUCACUCUGCAUAAUUGGUGGUGUCAUCUUUUGCUUUUCAAUAUCUGACAACAACAAAACACCCAGAAUGGGAUAUGCAUACAACGGGGCCACAUCUGUCAUGUCUUCUCGGACAAAGUAUCAUGGUGGAGAAGGAGAUUUUAAAACUACAAACCCUUCAAAACAGUUUGAUAAAAAUGCUUAUGUCUAAAAGAGUCUUGCUAACAAGCUGCAUCUUGAGUUUGUUAUGAAAGUGAACUGUUCACAAAAUGCUCCCAUCGAGGCCCUCCUGUAAUUAACACUCAAGCUGUUUUUAAAAUAUGAAUUUGAAGAAUUUUUUGAUUGUAUGGAUGUAAAUGUUCUUACAUACUUAUAUACUAAUCAUUUUCUGUAUGGCUUUCUAUAAAAAAUAAACAGGUUAUUUACAGGA